GGCGGCGCACGUCUCACUAUGGAGUUAUUUCUGUGGUUGAUUGUGAUAUUAUUUUGCCUCAUUUUCUUGGCCCGCCUGGUCAAACAUGAACAGUUCGAUAAACUCCCAGGUCCACCGGGUCUAUACAUAUUUGGAAAUGCCCUGGAUUUUUUUCUGAUGGAUACUGUGCGACUAUUUUAUCAUUUUCGGACUUUGGGCAGUAGAUACAAUAAGCUGUUCAAGUUAAAAAUGGGACCCAUGAAGAUUUUAAUUUUAUAUAAUCCUGAAGAUGUAGAGACUUUAAUUUCCGGAACAAAAUACAAUCAAAAAGGCUUUGUAUACAGUUUUAUUAGACCGUGGUUGAAAGAAGGCUUGCUUCUUAGUGAUGGUUCCAAAUGGCAACAGCGAAGAAAGAUUUUAACACCAGCAUUUCAUUUCAAUAUUCUCCGUAAUUUCAAUUAUAUUUUACAAGAAAACAGUUGGAAAUUUGUAGAACGUUUACGUCAUGAAGAAAAUGAGAGUAAAACUGAAGUCUCUUCAAUGAUUACAGAUUUCACAUUAAACUCUAUUUGUGAAACUUCCAUGGGUACACAAUUGGAUGCUGAGACCAGUGAAUUUGGGAAAACUUACAAAGAUGCUAUACACAAGCUCGGUCAAUGUGUUGUGUAUAGGGGGCAGCGGUGCUGGAUGUACUUCGAAAUCGUGUUCAAUCGCACGCGAGUCGGUCGAAAGUUCAAUGAAUUGCUCAAUCUACUGACUUCAUUCCGUCGAAAGGUGGUAGAUAAAAGGAGGAAUGAUAAGGAAUUUAAAAAUCUAGUCUUCGAUAAAGACGAUAAUGUUCAGUACGAAGAUUCGCUAGAGUCAGGCAAGAAGAGGCUAGCUAUGCUGGAUCUGCUGCUCCAUGCCGAAGAGAAUGGUACGAUUGACGCGGAUGGUAUUGGUGAGGAAGUAGACACGUUCAUGUUCGAGGGACACGACACUACUUCGUCAGCUCUUCAAUUUGCUUUCAUGCUGAUAGCCAACAAUGAAGAAUGCCAGGAGAAAAUUUUUGAAGAGUGCGAAAAAAUAUUCGGUUCUUCUGACCGGGCAGCGGACAUCAACGACUUGUCUGAGAUGAAAUACCUCGGAUGCUGCAUCAAGGAAACUAUGAGGCUCUACCCACCUGUACCGUUCAUUGUAAGGAGGAUACUACAACCACUGCAAUUGAAAGACUACUUGAUACCUACUGAGACGGAAUGCGCGGUCCUGAUAUAUGACCUGCACCGACGCAGUGACCAGUUCCCGGAACCCCUGGAAUUCCGCCCCGAGAGGUUCCUCGCUGAACCCACUUGGCACCCAUACGCUUACAUCCCCUUCAGUGCAGGACCGAGAAAUUGUAUUGGCCAAAAGUUUGCUAUGAUGGAGAUGAAACUAGUUCUAUCGUCGGUGAUUCGCAAGUACAGGAUGCUCCCGGUGACCAGGCCACAGGAUCUGGUUUUCGUCACCGAUUUCAUACUACGGACCACUGCUCCCAUUUACGUUAAAUUCCAGAAACGCGCACUCCUCACGAUGAUCGCGUAUGUUUUGAUGACUCUUGUGGUUCUGCUGUGUGUGAUUCAUUUGCUGAUCAACUACAAUAAGAAGGCGCGGAUGAUGCGCAGAAUCCCAGGGCCAAAGGAGACCUUCUUGGUAGGAAAUGCUCCAGAAAUCAUCGUUUCGCCAGUGGAACUGUUUGCGUUAGGCAGAAAAUAUGCGAACACAUGGAAAAACUUGUACCGCUUUUGGGCUUACCCCUUGUCGGCAGUAAACAUUUACAAUCCAGAGGAUAUCGAGGUUAUUAUAUCGACAACGAAGUUUAACGAAAAAAGCCGUGUGUAUUAUUUUCUAAAGCCGUGGCUUCAAGAUGGUUUACUUCUCAGCAAUGGAUCAAAAUGGCAACAACGUCGCAAGAUACUGACUCCUGCGUUUCACUUCAACAUCCUGCGGGAGUUCUACGUGGUGCUGGAGGAGAAUUCUGACCGUUUAGUGGCCAAACUGGCUCAGCAUACUGGAAAGGAACUUGACCUUGUACCAGUUAUGUCAGAGUUCACUCUGAAUUCCAUUUGUGAAACUGCCAUGGGGACUCAACUCAGUGAGGAGACAAGCGCAUCUGCAAAACGUUACAAAGAGGCCAUACUCUCGCUAACAAAUGUAGUAUUUGAAAGAUUUAUCAAAAUGCCAUAUUAUUUUGAUAACAUCUUUAAUUUAUCGCCUUUGGGAAAAGAACAGCAAAAAUUUAUAACUACCAUACGCGAAUUCACGAAAAAAGUUAUUCAUGACAGGAAACUGUAUUGGGAACUUAAUAAAUUCGAUUUAAAUGAUUUUACUGAAAGUGGAUCAGACGAUGUGUAUAUGAAUAAAAGGAGAAAAAAGACGGCCAUGUUGGAUUUGCUUAUUGCGGCUCAAAAAGAGGGCAUGAUUGAUGAAAAUGGCAUCCAAGAAGAAGUAGACACUUUUAUGUUUGAGGGACACGAUACGACUGCAUCGGGUUUGACAUUUUGCCUGAUGCUGCUUGCUAACAACAGGGACAAACAGGACAAAAUCGUUCAAGAACUACACGAAAUAUUUGGAAAAUCACUUCGCUCCGCAACUAUUGAUGACUUGUGCAAGAUGAAAUACCUUGAAUGUUGCAUCAAGGAAUCUCUGCGACUGUACCCACCCGUGCAUUUUAUAAGUCGAAACUUGAAUCAAACUGUUGAACUAAGUAACUACACCGUGCCUCCAGGGACGAUCUGCCACAUUCACGUGUACGACCUCCAUCGGCGGGAGGACCUGUACAAGGAUCCUCUGGUGUUCGAUCCUGACCGGUUUUUACCAGAGAACUGCGUGGGCCGCCACCCUUACGCUUACAUACCUUUCAGUGCUGGCCCGAGGAACUGUAUAGGUCAAAAAUUCGCGAUGCUGGAAAUGAAAUUGGUGGUAUCUGCGGUACUCCGGGAAUUUCAGCUGUUCCCAGUGACCACUCCCGACGACAUCAGGAUAUCUGCUGACUUGGUUUUAAGGAACUCCGGUCCUGUUUCCGUUCGCUUUGAAAAAAGAAAUAAAAAUAAUAAUUAUUUGUUAUCGCCAGUCAGUAAAGUCUUAUCUUGGCCUCGGAGUUCCAUCAUGUUGUUCGUAUUGUUCGCUUUUGCGCUGUUACUGUGUUUUAUUCAUUAUCUCAUCAAUGAAAAUGAAAAGGCCAGAAUUUUGAAGAAAAUCCCUGGACCUAAGGACGUUUUUUUACUAGGCAAUGCCUUAGAAGUUAUGCUUACACCUGUCGAAUUAUUCAAAUUAGGGAGACGGAAUGCUCAGAAAUAUAAUGGGAUUUACAGAUUUUGGGCCUUUCCUCGUUCGGCGGUUAAUAUUUACAACCCAGAAGAUAUAGAAGUCGUUAUAGCGACGUCGAAACAUAAUAGCAAGAGCCCUCUGUACAAUUUCCUUAAACCAUGGCUGUGGGAUGGUUUACUAUUAAGCUCUGGUUCUAAAUGGCAUCAACGAAGAAAAAUUCUUACGCCCGCCUUUCAUUUUAACAUUUUACGGCAAUUUCAUAUUAUUUUGGAAGAAAAUAGUAAUCGAUUAAUCAAAUCUCUUGAAAGAACACCUGGAAAAGCUAUCGAUAUUGUAUCACUGCUCUCUGAAUAUACGCUCAAUUCUAUUUGUGAAACUGCUAUGGGUACUCAGCUAUCUGAAGAAACAACUGGAUCAGCAAAAUCGUACAAAGCAGCUAUUUACGGUCUUGGCAAUUUGCUCGUUCAAAGAAUCAGCAGAAUUUACUACCAUACAGAUUUUGUUUUCAACCUCUCAUCUUUAGGACGACAUUAAAAGGAAUAUCUUCACACUGUGCGAGAAUUCACAGAAAAAGUAAUCAAAGACAGAAAAGAUUACAUUGAAACAAAUCGCAUUUCGAGUAGUGACGAUAUACAUACAGAUGAUACUUUUAUGACUAAGAAGAAGAAAAAAGCAGCCAUGCUCGAUUUAUUAAUUCUGGCUAAAAAGGAAGGACUCAUAAAUAAUGUGGGCAUACAAGAGGAAGUAGAAACUUUUAUGUUUGAGGGACAUGAUACCACAGCUGCCGGCUUGACAUUUAGUCUAGUUUUAUUAGCCGAGGAGAAAGAUAUACAAAACAAAAUUUACCUAGAACAGCGAGAGAUAUUCGGGGAUUCGUCGCGCGCAGCUACUUCAGAAGACUUGUCUAAAAUGCGGUACCUCGAGUGCUGCAUCAAAGAGUGUCUUCGUCUAUAUCCGCCUGUACCUGUGAUCAGUCGCGCAUUGAGCGAAACUGUCAAACUCAGCAAUUACACAAUACCCGUUGGCUCGUACUGCAACAUUCACAUUUAUGACUUGCACCGGAGGGAGACCCUCUUCAAAAACCCUCUGAAGUUUGACCCAGACCGCUUUCUACCUGAAAACAGCGUCGGGCGCCAUCCUUAUUCAUACAUACCGUUUAGUGCGGGCCCCAGAAACUGCAUAGGACAAAAAUUCGCAAUGAUGGAAAUGAAGUCAGCCCUGUCUGCAAUCCUCCGCCACUUCGAGUUGGAGCCGGUGACUCGGCAGUCAGACCUGGAAAUCAUCACAGACCUCGUGCUGAGGAAUUCUCAACCUGUUUACGUCACGUUCAACAAAAGAGUUUCUUCAUAAUUUAUAUUAAAAGAUUUAUUUACAAUAAUUAAGGGUAACGUGAUAUGCAUAGUUUUAGUCUGUGGUAUGUACUUACAUACCUUUUUAUGUAGAUAUUGCUAGCUAAAACGCAGCUAAAGUUUGUAAGGCAGACUAAUAAAUGUUCCAUAUGACAUUA